UUCAACAGCGACUACAGCAGCAGCGUCAACCAGGUCGGCGUCAACCCCUCGUAUAUUCGGAGCGUUCUCGAUACCAUGACGCUGCAUGAAGCUGUCCGUGGGCUCCGCGCCGUCACGAUGGAGUAUGCGCUCUGGCUGCCGACGCAAAACUGCUGGGUCGACAUGGAUCGUCGCUGGGAGCUUGCCCACACGCUGCGCCGCCAAGCCCGGUGUGCUGCGUUGGAUGGCGACAACGCAGCCGUGUACCUCGAGGCGCUGCUUCGUAAUGUCGACGCAGACAACUGGGCGAGCACGGCGGGCUCGGGCUUUCAAACGGCGAUUCUCGACGCAGUAUUACAUGAUGCCGAUGGCCCGGCGUGGGUGGCCGCGACGGCCAGCGCCGCCACAUCGGUCGACGACGAAGUCACGUACUGGGCGACGUAUAAUCUACGCCGGUUUGCACUGCAUUGGCACAACCUCUGGCAAGGCGAGCAUUAG